AUGUCUGAGGUGGAGAUUAAUGGUCAUAAUGAGGGGGUGGAUUUGGACCUUACUCUUACAAAGGCCGCGCUCACUUCCUCUUCAACAAAUCUACGAUUGGGACAGUUGAAAUUGAUCGAGGAAAGACUUUCAAAGAAAGAGCUCGAUCCAAAACUUUUCCCCGUUCUUCUUCAACUUCUAUUUUCCACAUAUCCAUAUUACCACGACAGAGAUUCGCGACUUGCUGUCCAGUUGUGCAUACGGCAUAUAUUUGAUUUUGAUUGCGCUUUUGAGUUUCUGUCAAGUUUUUUAAAUGCAUUAGAUGCCGAAACUAAGAAGGGAGGGCUGGCACCAAGCAAUGCGUUUGUUUUGGUCGAAUAUUGUAGUGCGAUCUUACAAGUAACCACUAAUGAAGCCAGAUGGAAGAGCUGGGGCUUAGUCGUCGUGGCUGGUAAUGCGCGGGCACUUGAACUAUGCAUCACAUCGAAACAUAGGCCGUCUGCACUCAAGACUACAUGGCGGGGUUUGCGGAAUGUUUUUCAAAGCGCUAUAUUCGAAACUGCAAUCGGGGACAGUGUGCAGAAAUUGAGUUCCAAAGAAGCUCAGCCCUCCUCCAAGAAUGCUGUGAUGCUAGGUGCAAUCUCAGGAGUAUGCGCCAGGAAACCGCAAGCAAAGGUGGUUCUAGAAAGCAAGAAGUCUUUAAUUUACGGUUAUUAUACGCGCGAGAUCAUAGCCUCUAGGACUCCACUGCCUUCACAUAUUGCCAGUGCUUUGAAAGACUUUUUCUUAGACUUUGCCACCCAGGAAGAUUUCGAGCGAGAAAUUGUACCAUCCCUCGAGAAAGCGCUACUAAGGGCUCCUGAGAUUGUACUAAACGACCUUGUCACACCACUCUUCCAGUCUCUACCUAGCUCAGUAGAUCUCUCAAACGUUCUCCGAUCCAAGCUUUUAAAACCUAUCCUAUCUAAUAUCAAGUCGACCAAUCCCACAAUUCGUCAAGGAGCACUUUCUGCAUUCAGAGCAAUUGUACCCAAAUGUCAUGAUGAAACCUCUAUUGCUCAAGUGUCAGAAGAAAUAUUGACACCAUUAAAAGGGGGUAAAGUAUCUGCAGCAGAUCAGAGGGCCAACUAUGCAGAAAUGCUAGCAAUAUUACCCGUCUCCAAGUCGAAUGCUUCGGCAGCUAUCGGCCUUGCGACAAUUGCGGGAAAGGAAGCCAACGAAGCCGCAUUGUUAGCAGAGACAUUUGCUUUGUUACAUUACUUGAAGAAUAGAGUGCAGAACGAAUCUCCCCUGGAUAAAUCCAUCGUUAACACCUUCACAAAAGGUAUAUCCGAUAAAAAGGUCCCCGCCAAGAAACUAUGGACGAUCCGCCUCGGAGAAUUGCUAUGGGAUACCGAAGAAGCUGAGUUAUCUGAAUCAAAGGCUUUGGCAGAAGAGACUAUCACAGCAUUGGUAGAUAUUUGGCAAGAAGUAACGGCGAAUUCCAUACCUGCAGCUCAGUCUGGCCUUGUCACUGCAGCUUAUGUUCUUGCUGCAAUCUCACAGACAAAAUUAGGUGCUAUUUCGGGUCCAAAGAUUGACGCAGCGCUCAAAAAGGCUCAAGUCUCGCAUCAAUCACUACUCAUGGAGCCCAAGCCAUCAUUCUUACUAAAUCCUCGUAUCUAUAGCAAACUUUCUAGCUACGAUGAUUUCAUGUGGUUUGUUAGAGCCUUGUUUGCCUUUCCGGAUCAGCUUGCUUCUCUGGACCCGGCAUCCCUAUCAGGUAUUGGUUGGUCUCAAGCUGUCAUAUUUUCUAUAUGCUCUCCUAAUGUACAUCAUGAUGUCAGAAGACAUGCUUCUCAUUUACUUUCCCAGCUAUAUGUUCGCUUUCCUGGCAAUAUAUCCAAAAUCAUCACAUCUGGUUUGUGGAGAUGGUUACAAUCUAUUGAGCUUGGAGAAAAAGACAGUGCUCCAAUAUCGGCAAAAACGGAAAAUGAGAAUCUGCACUUAGUAUUGAAAGCUAUCUGUUUGACACCAGCGGAAAUCACACGGCGGGGUGGUUCUGUGGAUCAGAUGGUAGUUAAGGAUCAAAUGAUAUCACUGUUGAUUAUCUGUCGACCAGAACUGCUGCCAAGAGUAAGCUGGAUCGAGCUAUGCCUGAAGGCUGAGGUUGAUCCUGGAAAUCUUGCUAGAGAAAGUGGAGACGCUUUGUUAAAGCAAAUUCUCGAUAUCACAAGCAUUCAAGAUUCUGCCGCAGUACCACGAUCCAAGGCUGUUAAAGAUGCUGCCUAUAAUGCCGCUGCUGAGCUUGCUUUCGUCGCUCCAGAAGUUAUGACAGUACGAAUUGUUGAACUAGUAGAGCAAGACCUAGACGCGACUGAGCUCGCCAAUGUCGGUCCAACGGAGGCGGCAAUCUUCCGCACUCCAGAGGGAACUGCCUUUGUAGACGUGUUAGCAUCUAAAGCUCAAAGUCAUACCCCGAACAAGAACACGAAGGAUUACGAUACUUUAAAAUGGGAGGAAGAUCUCCGAGCCUCAUUAGCGAAGAAAAAGGGUCAGCAGAAGAAGCUCACUCCAGAGGAAACAGCCAAAGUUAAGGCUCAGUUAUCGAAAGAAUCAGAAAUUAGACGCCAGAUUCAAGCUCUAGAGUCAAGAGUUCUUCGUGGAGUUGGAAUCAUCAAAAGUCUUGCAACAGGACCUCCAACAGAAGCUUCUCUGUGGAUGGGACCUGCCGUGAGAGCUUUGGUAAAGGUAAUCAAUGCUGGAGCUGGAUUGAUUACUGGUACAGCUGCUCCAGAUGCUUAUAUCCUUUGUGCCGAAAGAGUUUCUAGUCGUAUAGGUAUACUCCGUUCGUUUAUUGGAUUAGCAACGCUCAGAGCUAUGAAUGUUCCGCAGUUGCCACCGGCCUUAACUCAAGAACCACUUGGAGCUCUUAUCACACGUGUAUUGUACCGCCUAAGAUUCUCUGCAGAACAACGCCCAUUUGAUACAGUCUCUCUCAUCUAUGUUCUCCCUCUCGUCUUCCUAGUACUUCGAGAUGGUGGGUUUGGAGAAAGCGAUGAUGCUGAUGCCCAACUUGUUCUCGCCCUGGAAUUCCUUUCUUUUCAUACUGAUGCCUGUUCCGACGUUUUGGUACCUCGGGACCAAGUUCUCUCCACUCUAAUUUCGUCGAUGCAGACCUACAAUCAGCAUUACAAGGCAAUCAAAGAUUGCUUGACAGAUCUGUGCAGAUGUAUUGCACCAAACAUUACUGAUAAUGAGAUCUCAAUUCUUGCACAAGGAGCCAUUGUUCCACAAGUUGCUGUACGAACCUCGGUAUUACAGUCAAUUAGUUCAGAGAUUGAUAUGAGUGAGCUCGAUUUUUCCAAUGAAAUCUGGUUAGCAUGCCAUGACGAUGUAGACGAGAAUGUUGAGCUUGGGCGAGAAAUCUGGGAGGAAAGUGAGUUCAAAAUAUCUACCGAAUCACCAUUCCGAAUGCUACCAUAUCUGGAAAGCAUGGAUAAGCAACUUCGACGAGCUGCGGCUAGAUCUAUCGCCGAGGCUGUAAAAUUGCAGCCUUCAACGUUCAAGGAUGUGCUUAGCCGUCUGCAAUCCUCUUAUACCGAGUUGGCAAAGCCUCGAGUUCCUCAGCUUGAUGAGUACGGUAUGCCCAGGAAGAUGGAUCUGUCGGAUCCAUGGGAAGCCCGAAAUGGAAUUGCACUUGCAUUCAGAGAAUUAGCCACAGUCUUUGACGAAUCACUCCUUACUCCAUUCCUCAACUUCUUGAUUGAAGGGCCACUUGGCGACAGGAACUCAAUUGUCAGAGAAGAAAUGGUUGAGUCUGCCACAGCUAUAAUAGCUAUUCAUGGAAAGGACAAAGUGGAAGAAUUGAUGAAAACUUUUGAACGCACUCUUGAGACACCGGACAAAGGUUCCGAGUUUUCCGAUAGAGUAAACGAGGCUGUUAUCAUCAUGUAUGGUGCCUUGGCGCAACACUUGAAAGCCGGCGAUGAACGUGUUCCGAAGGUUGUAGACAGGCUUCUAGAGACAUUAAGCACCCCAUCUGAGACGGUACAAUAUGCCGUGGCUGAGUGCUUGCCACCACUCGUUCGUGCAUCCAAGGAGAACACUUUGGACUACAUCCAAUUAGUUCUCGACAGACUGUUCAACUCGAAGAAAUACGCCGGUCGACGUGGCGCAGCAUAUGGUCUUGCAGGUCUUGUCAAUGGAAAGGGAAUCUCCGCUUUACGAGAAUACAGAAUCAUGCUUACACUGAAAGGUGCGAUCGACAAUAAAAAGGACGUCAAUCAUCGAGAAGGAGCUCUAUUGGCUUAUGAACUUCUUUCCAUGAUUCUCGGUCGCAUAUUUGAGCCUUACGUCAUUCAAAUUGUGCCUCAACUGCUCUCGAGCUUCGGCGACUCAAGCGCAGAUGUUCGUGAAGGUUGUUUGGCAGCAGCAAAAGUGUGUUUUGCAAGCUUGAGCUCUUAUGGAGUGAAACAAAUUUUGCCAACACUACUUGAUGGUCUUGAUGACGACCAAUGGCGAAGUAAAAAGGGUGCUUGUGAUCUCCUAGGUGCAAUGGCGUAUCUUGACCCGCAACAACUUGCCCAGAGUCUUCCGGAGAUUAUUCCACCCCUGACGGGUGUAUUGAAUGACAGUCACAAAGAGGUCCGUCUUGCUGCUAAUCGCAGUUUGAAGCGCUUCGGAGAAGUUAUCAAUAACCCUGAGAUCAAGAGCCUUGUCGAUGUCCUUCUCAAGGCUCUCAGUGAUCCUACCAAGUACACGGACAAUGCAUUGGACUCACUCAUUAAGGUGUCUUUCGUUCAUUAUCUUGACGCACCUUCGCUUGCUCUCGUUGUUCGUAUUCUUGAGAGAGGUUUGGGUGAUAGAUCGGCAACCAAACGAAAGUCUGCCCAGGUUAUCGGUAGUCUUGCUCAUUUGACAGAGAGAAAGGAUCUCGUAUCACAUCUCCCGAUUUUAGUUGCUGGUUUGAAGAUUGCAAUUGUUGACCCCGUGCCAACUACUCGUGCAACUGCAUCAAAAGCUCUGGGUUCUCUCAUCGAGAAAUUGGGAGAAGACGCUCUUCCGGAUCUUAUUCCAGGUCUCAUGCAAACACUCAAAUCAGAUACUGGAGCCGGUGACCGACUGGGAUCUGCACAAGCACUCAGUGAAGUUCUUGCUGGAUUGGGUACAAGCCGCCUCGAGGAUACUCUUCCAACAAUUCUUCAAAAUGUUGCUUCAUCCAAACCUUCCGUUCGGGAAGGCUUCAUGUCGCUCUUCAUAUUCUUGCCCGUAUGUUUCGGAAACAGUUUCGCCAAUUACCUUAGUAAGAUUAUUCCACCUAUUCUCUCUGGUCUGGCGGAUGACGUUGAAUCGAUUCGUGACACGUCUUUGAGAGCUGGACGUCUUCUUGUCAAGAAUUUCGCCACGAGAGCUAUUGAUCUUUUGCUUCCAGAAUUGGAGCGAGGUUUGGCAGACGACAAUUACAGAAUUCGUCUCAGUUCCGUCGAGCUGGUUGGUGAUCUGUUGUUCAACCUUACUGGUAUUAGUGCGAAUACAGAACAGGAUGAGGUCGAAGAAGGUGCGCAAGAAGCUGGUGCAUCGUUACUCGAGGUACUUGGUGAGGAGAAGCGCAACAAGGUAUUGUCCUCGUUGUACAUUUGCCGAUGCGAUACUUCUGGCUUGGUGCGAACAGCUGCUGUCAAUGUUUGGAAAGCUCUUGUCGCGAGUCCAAGAACGCUUAAGGAGCUCAUUCCUACGCUCACUCAACUCAUUAUUCGACGAUUGGGAAGCUCCAACAUGGAGCAGAAGGUUAUUGCAGGUAAUGCACUUGGUGAAUUGAUUCGCAAAGCAGGUGAUGGAGUUCUCUCAACUUUAUUGCCCACCUUGGAGGAUGGUUUGCAAAAUUCUACAGAUACAGAUGCUAAGCAAGGAAUAUGUAUUGCACUUCGUGAAUUGAUUUCAUCAGCCUCCCCAGAGGCUUUGGAAGAUCAUGAGAAGACAUUGAUCUCUGUUGUCAGAGUUGCUUUGAUAGACUCGGAUGACGAAGUCCGAGAAGCAGCAGCUGAAGCCUUCGAUUCGCUACAGCAAAUUCUCGGCAAGAAGGCUGUCGACCAGGUCUUGCCAUAUCUCUUAAGCUUACUCCGCACAGAAAGCGAGGCUGAUAAUGCCUUAUCUGCACUCCUGACCUUGUUGACUGAAACGACAAGAUCAAAUAUCAUUCUUCCAAAUCUCAUACCAACGCUUACCACCUCGCCUAUAUCUUCAUUCAAUGCCAGGGCACUUGCCUCGCUUUCAACCGUUGCAGGACCGGCGAUGGCAAGAAGAUUACCUACUAUAUUGAAUUCUUUGAUGGAUAACAUCAUUUCUUCCAAGGAUGAGGAUCUCAAGUCAGAGCUCGAGACAUCCUUUGACACGGUUGUUCAGUCCAUCGACGAGUUCGAUGGCCUCAAUGUGGCUAUGAAUGUUCUUCUUGCAUUAGUGAAGCACGAUGAUCAUCGCAGAAGAGCAAACGUGGACUAUCGCCUUGCCAAGUUCUUUGCCGCAGCUACAGUUGACUACUCUCGUUACAACCAAGAUAUCGUACGCGCUUUACUCGUUUCAUUCGACGAUGGAGACGCGGAAGUUGUCAAGGCCGCCUGGACUGCACUUUCCGAAUUCACCAAACACUUGAGGAAGGAAGAAAUGGAAACACUCAUUUAUUCGACAAGACAGACUUUACAACACGUUGGUGUACCUGGAUCCAACUUACCUGGCUUUGGAUUGCCCAAGGGUAUCAACGCCAUUUUACCUAUCUUCUUACAUGGUCUUAUGAAUGGUACUGCCGAACAACGUACACAAUCUGCCUUAGCUAUAUCCGACAUUGUUGACCGAACAAGUGGGGAUUCUUUGAAGCCAUUUGUUACUCAGAUCACUGGUCCGCUUAUCCGUGUGGUUUCGGAAAAGUCUGUCGACGUUAAAGCUGCCAUUCUUCUAACUUUGAACAAUUUGUUGGAGAAGAUCCCGACGUUCUUGAAACCCUUCCUUCCACAAUUGCAACGUACAUUUGCCAAGUCUUUGGCCGACACAUCGAGCGAAGUUCUUAGAACUCGUGCUGCCAAAGCUUUGGGUACUUUGAUCACCUUGACUCCAAGAAUUGAUCCUUUGAUCGCCGAGCUAGUUACAGGUUCAAGGACUUCGGACUCCGGAGUUAGAAAUGCCAUGCUCAAAGCAUUAUAUGAAGUAAUCAGCAAAGCUGGUGCUAACAUGGGAGAGGCUUCGCGCAGCGCAGUACUCGGGUUGAUCGAUACUGACGCAGAGGAUAAUGAUGUGUCUAUGGCUAUCACUAAUGCCAAGCUUCUCGCAGCAUUGAUCAAAAAUCUAACCCCCGAAAACGCUUCAGGGCUAAUCAAGAAUCGUGUGGUGACAAAUCACUUUACUCCAUCUACAGUUCUCGCGUUAAAUGCUGUCCUUGCCGAAGCACCAUCCGCAUUGACGGAAACUGCCUUUGCUAAUGACUUACCGGAAGUCAUUUGCCAAGGCAUGGCAAGCAAAAAUGACUUCAUAUCAGAAAACUGUAUCCUCGCCGCUGGAAAAUACCUUCUUGCUGAGACCGCCAACCAUGAAUUCGAAACGACAAAACCAAUAUUUGAAUCAUUAGCAAAGUUGAUACAACCAGGAAACACGGCCGAUGCUCGUCGUCUAUCGCUUGUAGUAAUUCGCACAAUCUGUCGCCACCAAACAGACGCAGUUCGACCACAUCUUUCCUUACUCGCCACACCUGUAUUUGCAGGUGUUCGAGAUCCUAUCAUCCCCAUUAAGCUAGCAGCAGAAGCAGCGUUCCUCGCAUUGUUCAAUGUUGUUGAAGAGGAAAGCAAGGUAUUUGAUAAAUAUAUCGCUGCUCAAGAACUGGCACCGAAUCAAAAGAGAAGCAUGCAGGAUUACUUUAAGCGGGUUGCAUUGAGGUUAGGCAACACAGCACGAGAGAGGAGAGAAGCCGAAGGUGGACAGGGUGGACUGGGUCUUUCUAAUGACGAGGUUGAUGAUGAAAAGGAGAUCUCAAGUAUUGGAAAGGUGGAUUUGGGCGAAAAGGCUUUUGAUGCAUAA